AGACUCAAGUUGAAACAGUUGUUCUUACAUCUGAAAGUUAGUCUGUCCACAAAAAAGAAAACGCAUUAUGAAAUUCUAGGAAUAUCUCCGGGUGCUACAUAUAGUGAAAUAAAAACAGCGUAUUAUGAUUUAACAUUAAAGUAUCACCCUGACAAGAAUAAAAGCGAUUCUGCGAAAGCCAUGUUCCAAGAGAUUUCAAACUCAUAUGAUGUGCUUAGCAAAUACGAGUCACGUAAAAAUUACGAUAGGAUGCUUAAAAUAGAACAGGAUGUUAAAUAUGAACGGAGCCAGGUGAAAGAUGUGAAAAAAUAUAAACCGAGAGACCCAAUAGAAUAUGCUACAUCGAGACUUGAAAUUUAUAAUUUCGAUGAGUGGAUGCGCCAUCAUUAUAAGGAAUCAUUCAGACGACAUAAAAAAGCGCAAGAUAAGAUGUCUGAUUUAAAGAAAGAAAGCAUGGAAACAAACCGUGGAGGUUUAAAAGCAGCAAUAUAUACAUUCAUUAUAUCAAUGCUGAUAGCAGCAAUAGGAUACUCUUAUCGAACUGUAGCAGAAUCCGAAAAACCUACUCUAAAUGUUAAACCUGAGAAAUGAUUUUAAAAAUCUCGUUUAGAAACUGAAAAAAAAAAAUAUUCUUCAGUUAUUUGAAGAAUUGUAGAAAGAAUCUGUAAUUAAAUGUUAUUUUUGUG